AUCGUAGUUAUUCGCGCCAUAAAGUUCAUGAUCUGACUAAACUUGUGUUAUAAUAUAAAGUGUUAUAAUAUAAAGUGGCUAAUAUAAUUAGGAACAUAUAUAUAUAUAUAUAUAUAUAUAUAUAUAUAUAUAUAUAUAUAUGUAUUAAGUAUCUAUCAAUUGUCACGAUGGCCGAAAUGGUAGACGAUAUUCUGCGUAUGCUUAAUUCAGGCGAAGUUUUGAAAAUAUCAAUGCCAUGUUCAGAUCGAAGACAAGUAGCCGGUGAACCGAAAUUUAAUAGAUUUAAAUCAAGAGUAAUAUCGGAGACAGAUUACGCAGAAGAAUAUAAAAAAAAGGAUGAUGAAGAAUAUUUAAUGUCAACAAAGAAUAUUAUCUUCAAUAAGAAAGACCACAUGGACGAUAUGUCAGAUAUCACAACAUCUGAAAAACAAUUCUAUGAUAAAAACCAAAGUAGAAUUUAUCAAACAUACAACUUUGCCUAUCGACCCAAGAUUGAUUUAUCCAUUCUCUCUAUUAGAGACAAGAUCAUAUCUAUGAUAGCUAAUAAUCCUGUCAUUAUUAUACGUGGUGCUACUGGUUGUGGCAAGACAACACAAGUGCCACAAUUUAUUCUAGAUUCAGAGUUUGAGAACCAAAAAGAGUGCAACAUUAUAGUUACACAGCCGAGACGUAUUGCUGCUCUGAGCAUUGCAAAACGAAUCAGCCAAGAAAGAGACUGGCCUGUCGGUACUAUUGUAGGCUACCAAAUGGGUCUGAUCAAGAACGUGUGCUCAGACACACGUAUAACUUACUGUACAACUGGUGUGCUUCUGCACAAGCUCAUUAACAAGAAGCACAUGAUGGACUAUACACACGUUAUACUGGACGAAGUACAUGAACGCGACGAAGACAUGGACUUCCUUCUGCUCGUGAUUAGAAAACUGUUGCGUACAAAUUCUACAAUGGUCAAAGUUAUAUUGAUGUCUGCGACCAUCGAUGUAGAUAAGUUUGCUGAAUAUUUUUCCACACCCAUGGAAGACAAACUGUUACCAGCAACGGUCAUCGACGUGCCGGGGGGAAGCCCGUACAACGUUACCACACAUUAUUUGGACGAAAUGAAUGUGGGCCCUCCACCUGUAAUAUCCGAGGACGAACCAAGCCUUACGUCCGAUAUGAUAGAAUAUUGCAUACGCAUCAUACACAUUUUCGAUCAUAUAGACGAGAAAAACAAAGUCAAGGAUAACGAACACAAAAGGCUCGCUGUGCUAAUAUUUUUGCCAGGAAUUCAGGAGAUUGAAGACAUUCGUAUCGCGCUCUUAUCAAAGAAAUACGAGAACAUGAAGUGGGAUAUAAUUAUAUUACACUCGCUAAUCUCGACUGACGAGCAAGAGAAUAUAUUUAAGAAACCGCGAAACGAUUAUCGGCGUAUAAUAUUAUCUACUAAUAUCGCCGAGAGUAGCGUCACCGUACCUGACGUCAAGUAUGUGAUCGACUUCUGUAUGGUAAAGAACCUCAUCACUCAGCCUGGGUCCAAUUACCAGUCUCUAGAGCUGUGUUGGGCAAGCAAGUCAAAUUGUCAGCAGCGUGCUGGUCGUGCAGGCCGUGUAAUGGAUGGCAGAGUAUUUCGAAUGAUACCAAGAUCAUUUUACGAGAGCGCGCUACGCGACGAAAGCGUUCCAGAAAUGGUUAGGGCUCCACUCGCGAAUGUCGUCCUUAAGACCAAAAUGUUGGACAUGGGCGACCCAAAGGCACUCCUCGCCCUCGCUCUGGAUCCGCCGAACCUCAGCAGUUUACGGAGCACUAUAUUACUAUUGAAAGAAAUCGGUGCAUUGAUGAAUACGUUCGACUCAGCGUACGAUGGAGAUCUGACACCUCUGGGCCGUGUGAUGGCCUCUCUUCCGUUGGAUGUACAUUUGACAAAGUUGAUCGUUCUGGGUCAUAUUUUCGAUGUCUUGCAGGAUACAAUCAUCAUCGCAGCCAGUAUGUCGGUGAAGAACAUGUUCAAUAUCGGGUUCGAUACCGAGUGGAACACGGCCUAUUACGAGAAGCUCGAGUGGGCUGCUAAUACCGCCAGUGAUUGCAUAGCUUAUCUGCAUGCAUUCAAGAUAUGGAGGGACGACAAGGCUAAUCGCCGCAUAAACAACUCUCAACAAGAAAAAGAAUGGGCGCGACGAAAUGGUCUGCGCGUGAGGUCAUUGCGCGAGAUCAAUGCCCUCGUGUCCGACAUCACGUUGAAAUUACGUCAUUUCGGCAUACAGGAAUACAUGAACCAAGAGAAACGCACAUGGCAGAGCUACGACGUUAAUGAGCUACGCGUCAUCAUCCUUAAAGUCGUAAUCGCCGGCGCUUUCUAUCCUAACUACUUCAUUAAACUUUCCAGUGACAUAGCACAACGCCGAAAAGGUAUGGAAAAAACGCUGUCCAAACGCGAUCUCAAUAAUACCGUCGUCCUUCAUGGAUGGCCGUUGAAGCAGCCUGGAGCAUUGUACGCUAGAAAAUUUCAGGAGAUUUUCGCGCAUAGCAUGGAGCUGAAGAACCUCGACGACAUAACAGUUUCAUUUGACGGAUCGUCCCGCGUUUAUAUCGAAUACGACAAAAGCGACCUCUCGCCGAACGAUUAUAGCUUCGUACAAAAUGCCAUCAAAAUGAGGCACAAUCGUAAGCCUAUUCAGAUAGAUUUAAUGAACGAGAAGGAGGCUUUGCAUCGGGCGAAGGAGCUUGAGCUUACGAAUGUGUUUGAGGACGCACCUGUUUCGAGCUUGACAGAAUCGCUGGAUUGCGACACAGAAUCGCGGAAUCGCGUGAUAAAGAUAUACAAUAAAAAGCCGUAUCCCGAAUUACCGGUUAAGUCCGGUCAGAAGGUGGUGCUGCACGGCCCGUUUUCGCCACUAGAAGUUCAGCUGGUGCAUUUGACGACGGCGGGUAUACUGAAACAUGUAAACGUCGAACAGGUAUCGGUGAAUUCCGUCCUGCUCGACACCUGUCCGGAUAAUCCAAGGGGGAUCUUCCUGGUGGCGCAAAACAUCCACCAACAAACAAAGGGAACGGAUCGUCUGACCCUGCGAAACACAACCCUCCUGCCCGACACACCCGGCUUUGCGUCCUUGAUCAUUUUAAUUUUCACACCGUAUAUGGAAUUGAGACGCGAUCCUUUGGGCGUCCGUUACACCGGUGCUCAAUGCGGAUUAGGAUACGAUCAUGCCACAGGACUGAGCUUAUAUCCGGAGCAUGACCUGCAAAACAUAUUUGACGUCGAGAUCACGAUGGAUGACUUACGAACGAUAAACAAACUGCGCCACUGGAUGAACGUCGCGAUGCACUUUGCCGAUGGUGUCAGCGAGGAGCAGCGAAACGAGCUGACCAUAAACUGCCAGAAUCAGAUAAAAAACGCAUUCGUCGAGGUGAUAUAUAAGCCUCGACAGUCUCAAGUGCCAAUCUUCACAAUUAAUUUCCACAAUUGGAAUAUCUAUGACGAGACUAUGUUUCUCGAGCCUGCUCGGGGAACCAACAGAAAGAAUUGUGUAUUCAGCUUGCACAAAGCGUUGGACUUGAACAAACAAGAUCCUGAACUCGAAAGCAUAAUUAGGAAUCUGUUAGAAAUGGAUGCCUUGGCUCACGAAGACCCACGUGAAGUGAGUGUUAAGCCAGUGAUCUGUCAACUAUGUCAAACAAAGAUAACUAGCAUCAUUAGCCUUCGUACUCAUCUAUGCUCGGAACAACAUGCUGCGAAACAACGAAUGAUAGACACGACUGCCCAAUUUGGAACAAGUCUACAGAACCUUUUGAGAAACAUGAAACUAUAUUACUGAUUAGUAGAGGUAUCUACUAAUCAGGAAUACUACUUAUACCACUUAUAUCCAAUGGAAAUAAUUGUGGAAUCUCAUUAUUUUUUUUAUAGCUUUACUAUGAACUUUUAUUUUUUUCUACAAUUUCAAGUCUUACAUCUGCUCUUGAAAAAGAAAGAAAGUAUUCUUUAGGAUAAUAUAUUUUCUAAGAGGUUAGUAAGAGUUAGUAAAGUAAGAAGAGUAACAAGUAUCAAUUUUUUAACAUAUAUCUAGUCCUGAACAUCAUUGUCUUUAAAUACAAAUAUAUAUUCAAAUUUUUAACAUAGAAUGUAUAUAUUAUUCAAAAUAUGUUUAAAUAUUUGUAUUUAAAGAACAAUAAGGAUGUCCAAAAUUAAGAUAAGUGUCUGGGCAUUGAUAUUUUUACAUAUAUGGUAGAAAACGCGCAAUAGCCAGCACUCGUUACAACACUCACCAAUUUUCGGCAUUUUUUAUUUUUACUUUCGGAUCUAAUCUGAUAUCAAGAGAUGGCAGAAGAUAUACGGGGAUCUAUUAAUUAUUUUUCAAUUAUUAUUCGUUUUCUUUUAAAUCCCCAUCUUAAUAUCCGACACGCGUCCGCGCAAGAGUGCCGACUAUUGGACUUUUUCCUCUAUCUAUUAAUUGUAAUCUUUUCUGUAUCGACAAAUUCAUUAGAGAGAAAAUAUAUUACGUUUAUUACUUUUA